UUGUCCAGUUUAUACGGAGACAAGUACUGUAGCUCGGUGGGAUAGGACAGACUUGACAGAAACACAGCAAAGUCUCGCUGUUUGUGUUUUCAUUUCCAGAUUUAACGAGUUCUUCAGCAGCGGGACUCGUUCGAGCGGCGUCGGUUCGCUAACCGCUGCGGUGGGUCAUCCGCUGGGACGGGCGGGCAUGGCUCUGCCGAGGAGGAAAACCACUGCUGGGUGUUUAGCAUGAGGCUGAGCGGGAGGAGACGGCUGGAAAACAACAACAACAACAACAACAAUAAUUCAAACUACAACGAGAAGAGGACAGUCUGUGAGAGAGCCGCCGCCCGGUGACAUUUAUUUUUCCCAGAAGAAGAAGAAGAAGAUGGGAGGGAGAGCGGAGCUGCUGGAGGUCUGCUGUCUGCUGCUGCUGCUGCUGCUGCUGAGCGGGGACUGUCUCUGUAGAGACUCUCAGCAGACCCAGCACCUCUCCUCCUAUCAGCUGACCCUCCCUCGACCAAUAGGAGGCAGACCGAGGCGGGAUGUGGACGGGAGACCGCCCAGUCAGGUGUCUUACAUCAUCAGCGUGGAUGGAAACGAUCACGUGGUUCACCUGGAGAGAAACGAAGCGCUGCUGCCUGCAGACUUCACCGUGUUCUCCUACAGUCAGAACGGGUCACUGAUCACAGCCAGGCCACCUGUGCAGAACCAUUGUCACUAUCAGGGCUUCGUUCAGGGCAUGGAGGGGUCGUCUGUGGCUGUGAGCAUCUGCGACGGCCUCAGAGGAGUGUUACAUCUCACUGACAACAGUUAUGGUAUCGAGCCUUUAGACUCCGCCCCCGAACAACACCUGGUGUACCGCCUACAGGAUGUGACAUCACAGCCCCGGGGUUGUGGAACGCCACACGAUGAUCACACCCACAGCAACACUUCAGAGCACGCUCAGUACAAACCAGAGGAAAUCCACCACAGACAGCACAGCAGAGUGAAGCGAGCUGUUCUUCAUCAGACUCACUAUGUGGAGCUGCUGCUGGUGGUCGACAACGAGAGGUAUAACUACAUGAACAGAAAUGAGACAGCAGUGAGGGAGGAGAUGGUUCAUCUGGCCAACUUCAUAGACAGUAUCUACAUUCAGCUGAACGUUCGGGUGGUCCUGGUCGGUCUGGAGAUCUGGACUCAGCAGAACCUGAUCAGUACUGAAGGAGGAGCAGGAGAAGUCCUGAGUCGCUUCACCCAGUGGAGGGAGAAAGAUCUGGUUCCUCGCCGCCGCCAUGACUCAGCACAACUCAUCCUGAAGAGGGGUUUUGGAGGAACAGCAGGGAUGGCCUUUGUCUCCACUGUCUGCUCCAGAAGUCAUGGAGGCGGGAUCAAUGCGUUCACCAAUAACAACGUCGCCUCCUUCGCCUCCAUCGUGGCUCAUGAACUCGGUCACAACCUGGGGAUGAACCAUGACGACGGACGCUCCUGCACCUGCCCCACCUCCGCCUGUAUCAUGAACUCUGGAGCCACAGGAUCCAGAAACUUCAGCAGCUGUAGUGCUGAUGAUUUUGAGAAGAUGAUCUUGUUGACGGGGGGAUCGUGUCUCCUGAACGUCCCCCGGCCUGAUGAGGCCUACAGCGCCCCCUACUGUGGGAACAGACUGGUGGACGUGGGAGAGGAGUGUGACUGUGGAUCCCAGAAGGAGUGUGAGGAGGACCCCUGCUGUGAGUAUCAGACCUGUAAGCUGAAGUCUGGAGCUCAGUGUGCCUAUGGAGAGUGCUGCUACAACUGUCAGUACCUGCCGGGAGGAACAGUGUGUCGCUCCAGUACAGAUGAGUGUGAUCUGCCAGAGUACUGUAACGGCUCCUCGUCCUUCUGUCAGAGCGACGUCUUCGUCCAGAACGGGCAGCCCUGCAGGAACCAGCAGGCCUACUGUUACAACGGGAAGUGUCAGCACUACGAUGGACAGUGUCAGGCCAUAUUUGGAUCCAAGGCGAAGGCUGCUCCUGAAAUCUGUUUCAAAGACGUCAACAGUAAAGGUGAUCGUUUUGGCAACUGUGGCUACCAGAACUACGGUUACAAGAAGUGUGAGAGCAGAAACGCUCUGUGUGGGAAGCUGCAGUGCUCUAACGUUCAGGCGGUGACGGUUUUUGGCAUCGAGCCGUCGAUCAUCAGCACGCCGAUCGCCGGGGCCAAAUGUUACGGAGUGGACUUCAUGCUGGGAUCAGACGUCCCUGAUCCAGGCAUGGUCAACGAAGGAACCAAGUGUGGAGACAACAAGGUGUGUGUGAACUUUGAGUGUCGCAGCGUUGGAAUCCUGAACUACGACUGUGACGUGGAGAAGAAAUGUCACGGACACGGGGUGUGUAACAGUAACAAGAACUGUCACUGUGAGGACGGCUGGGCUCCACCUUUCUGUGAGGUCAAAGGUUAUGGAGGCAGCAUGGACAGUGGACCCACAUGGAAUGAUAAAGACACGUCUCUCAGAGACGGCCUGUUGGUCUUCUUCUUCCUCGUCCUUCCUCUCCUCGCUUUGGGUGCGUUUGUUUUCCUGCGGAGGAACGAGCUGCUGCGGCGACUCGGGCUGAGCCGCAGGAAGAGGUCGCAGGGAUACGAAGCCGACGGCGCAGCUUCAGCCAAUCCCAGCAGAGGACCGCCGCCUAGAGUACCGCCUCCAUCUGGUGCCCGGGGCAACACCAACAACAUUGUCAGACAGGGGCAUCACGCUCAGCUACUGCCACCGCAGGAGGUGGUGGAGACCAGCAGGACCGCUCCCUCCUACGCUCUGAGGCCUCCUCCUCCUCCUCUAAAACCAAAACCUUCUGCUGCAUCACAGCCGCUGGUGCCUCAAAGACCUGCUCCUGCUCCACCUGUUUAACCCUUCAGGGAGCCUCCACCAUCACACCUGGACGACAACCAUCUUCGUCUCCUCCUCUUCUUCUUCAGCCUCACUCCCUCUCCCCUCAGAGCUGGUUACCUAGCAACAGCCAGGAAACGAUGCCUGGGGCCUAUUACAAACUGGACCAUCUGGAAACUGGACCCAGUUCAGACCAGACUGGGAAUUUACCCGAACAAACAGGAAGCAGCUACUGUCCUCUACAGUCUGUCUUUACUCUGUUCCUUGCACCGUGAAGCAUCAUCCGUCACCAAACCAGCCAAUCACAUUUCCAGAACAGUCACCUGUGAUAUCAACAAGCCAAAUACCAGCUAACCGUGUCGUUACCCUCAACAUGUCAUGACCUCUGUUAGUUUAGCUGGUUAAACUUUUACUCCAUUAGUUGGUAGAAACAUUUUAAUGUUUCCAACGUUUUUUGCUUCAAACUGAGAACUCUGGGUAAAGUGCUUCACUCUGAUUGGCUGGUUUGAAGACAGAGAUGAUUGUCACUGCAGGUGACUUUCUGUCUGUGAAUGGAAGCACUGGUGCUUCUGAUUGCACCUCCCCUCCGCUCAACACUGUCAUAGGAAUGUAACACACCCCUGCUGCUGUUCAGGUGUGAUUGGUCUGCACCGCCCGCCUCCUCUGGCGCUCCCUCUCUCCAGAAUUGUAAAAUCACAGUAUGCAACAGCGUCUGAGUGCAGAGAUUCUCUGGGAUCCAGUCCCUGGGCCCGCCCUGGGUCCGUCCUUGGGUCCGGGCCCUGGGCCUGGACCUGGGUUUGGACCUGGG